CUAAUUGGACAUGUCGACUGCCAAGAAUCAGAAGCCCUCCGAGCGGGAGGCACAGGUGGGGGAUGCUGAGAGCUCGACGAAUUUGAGCUCGAGUCAGAUGCAGAAGGUGUUGCCGCAGAAGACGCCCUUGCAGGAGGCCGUUGAGAACUUCAUGGUCAACACUCUGGUGAAGGAUGUGAAGAUCACGAUUGGAAAGCAGGUCUUCGAGUGUCACAGCUGUGUGCUGCGCACAUUCUGCAAGUGCUUUGAGCAGACAUUGCUGUCGGGCAAGGCUUUUACGCUGCCCGAGGAUAAGAUUUCGGCAGAGUCCUUUCUCCUCGCCUACAAUUGGAUGAUCAGCUCGGAUAGCAGCUGUCAGCGUGGCAAUUUAUUGGAUCUGCUAGUGGCGGCCGAGUAUUUGGACGCCCCGAGGCUGGUGCAGAGCGUCUAUGGGGCCCUGAAUGAUGAGCGUUUCUUCUCGAAUCUAGAUGCCUUCAAUUGCUUCACCGAGGCCUGCACCAAGGGCAUUUCGAGUGUCGCCGAUCUGAUGAUCGAUCGCAUCGGCAAAUCGUUUCUCGUGUUCGUCUCGUCGGACGAGUUUCGCGAAUUGAACGUAAAUGUGGUGUGCACUCUGCUCAGCUCCGAUUUGCUGGGCGUUCACACCGAGGUGGAGGUGUUCUACGCGGGCCUCUUGUGGGUUAUAAGCGAUUAUACGGAGCGUAAGAUGUAUUUACGCCGUGUGCUAAAGUCGGUCCGUUUCGAACUGAUGCCACCACCGGCUCAGCUCAAUUUCGGGGAUCGACUCAACGAAAUGACACCGUAUGCUCUGGAUUUACUGUUAUUUCUGCUAUACGUGACCAUCAUCAAUGCCCAGGAGCGUACGCUUCACAAUCAGAAUGGAAUACCUCAGCGUCAUCGCAUCUACAUUAAGGACCCGCUAUGCCCCUAUUUAGAUCUCUUGGAGAAUCGCACUGAAGAGCUGAGCGUUACGAUGUUCAGGGAUUACAUUUUGUCGCUCGAAAAUGAAUUUGAUGAGUUUAAAGCACGCAUUGUUGAAUUAGUGGCGGAAGAGGAGACGGAUGAGGAGGAGGAGAAUGCCGAAGAGAAUGAGAAUGCUAACGCAAAGGAAGGCGACGAUGACGAGGAAGAGAUGGAGGAAGAGCAGUGCGAAAUAGAUGACGAUGAGGAAGAAAACGAGACUGUCGAAGUAGAGGAGGAGGAGGAGGACAUCGAUGUAGAUAUGCUGUCGGAGGAAACCGAGCAGGAUGCAAUUAUGUAAAUGUUAAUAUGAAUAAAUUUGAAUUGAAAUACAAGAAAUGCUUGUCAAUGUAUUUUAUUAAACUCUGAUGAGGCUAAGAUAUAAGAUGGGUGGAUUUACAAAUUUUCACUUCUUGACUUCCCA